UUGUCAGCCAUCACAACGGGGGUUACUGCUGUGCUAGAUAGCUAGCCUGAGUAAGACCAGGCGCCGUUUUAUAUAUAUUUUUUCAGCUAGGGUUUUCUAUUUCUACUAUUUGGCUAAUGUUGGAUAGACAGCAUGGAUUUCAACGAAUUGUUUAGUGAACGGACAUUUCAAUUUUCUGAUUUUCAGGAGUUUACGUUUCUUCCUGGACAUCAGAAACUGUCAGAGAGAGUGCGGAAGCGAUUGUACUAUGGCCUGGACCAAGACGGCUCUCUAGAUUCGCUUUCUUGUCCUGUUACAGAUAUCGCUGUGGAACUCUUUCAGAAAUCUGCCCCUAGCCCAAUUCGAAAACUGCACAAGAAAUAUGCUGCUCAUGUCGCGAGGGAGGCGUGCAUCUCUCCAUGUGCCAUGAUGUUGGCCCUGGUCUACAUCGAAAGGCUACGACACAGGAACCCCGAAUACCUGCAAAAGAUCUCCUCCUCGGACCUCUUCCUUAUCUCCAUGAUGGUUGCCAGCAAGUAUUUGUACGACGAAGGGGAGGACGAGGAGGUGUUCAACGACGAGUGGGGGGCUGCUGGGAAACUGGACGUGCAGACUGUCAACACCCUGGAAAUGAAUUUCCUCGAUGCCAUUGAGUGGAGCCUCUUCACUGAGCCCGUGGACUACUUUGGCAUACUGAAUCAACUAGAAACCAGUAUUGCAGAGAAGCAGGGGAUGAAGCGAGGCUGGUUCACCUACACUGACCUCUGUGUGCUGCUGGAGCAGGCGGCAUGGCGACAGGCACUGACGGCCAUCUACCUGCACUUUGCCAAGGUGACCUGCAUGCUGGGGCUGGUAUAUCUGACCAGUGUUGCAGGCCUUAUCGCCACCAGCCUCCCCAGGAGCAGCCAGCCCCUGGCCCCAGUCCGCCAAGUCCACCUGCCGAGCUCCAGCCUCUCUCCACCACCACUAGGCCUGCUCCCAGUCCCAGAGAACCCCAGUCCAGCAUCCGACCUCCCUCGCUGCUGUGUCUUGGGCAACGACAGUCACAACCGCCGGCCUGGCACUCUCCACACCCACGACGACCACAACCACGGCUCGCCAACCUCCUCCCAGACCUCUAUACUGUGUCUAUGGGGCUCUAUCCUCACUUCGCUAAGCCACGCUGACCCACACCCCCAGCCCGACACUGAACCAGCCUUGUCCGCCUCCUCUCUGCACUGCCCCGGCUGCCCAGUUACAGUGGGGAGCCUCCCUCCUGGCUCCAUCCAGUGCAGACCAAGGAACACCUCUGCUCCACUACUUGAGCCUGGACCCCCUGGUCACCGCGCAACACUGUGGCUGGCCCCUGCCUCCCUCCCCUCCGCCCCGAUGCUCCUGGACUCCCGUCUGACUGGCAUGGCACCCCUCCGUGUCGGACCCUGCUGCCCACAGUUCAUGCUGCCCAUCGAGAAAGCCCCAUCUCUCCUCAUGCCCAGCUAGACACAGACGGACAAAACAAGCCACUAUCGUUACCCUUCAAUGACGAUGACGCCGGACUCCAAAUGAAACCAGCUGGUUUUUCAGAAUGCAUUGUUACAGUGAAAGGAAAGUGAAAUUUUGUUUUGUAUGUGCUUUUUUUUGUGUGCAUAUACUGUCUAAAUUUGAGAUAAGGCGAGUAGCACAUUUUGUACAGUGGUUUGCCAGCUGAAUUGGUGUAAAUAAGUAAGUUGAACUCAUAACAGCGUGAGAUCUGAGUUCUGUGUUCAGGCACUUAUCUUUUAUAACUUUUAUUUUUCAAAGGUUGGAUCGCACAGCUUUUCAAUGGGUGUUUCUAGAAGGUGUGUACAUGGCAAACUAAUAUUUCACAUUUGGUUUAAAAAUACACAUAUGUUUAAGCAUGGCUACCAUACUCACACAGCGUUUGUUACUACCUGAGUACCAGAUUUGUUUGUGGAAUGAUGGCAUGAUGGAACAAACAGACUGGUGCCCAGGCUACCUACUCUUUACCUAUGUUUGAAAAUGGGGGAUUGUGGGAGUUGGGCUAAGUCAUGGUUUUUAGAUGGAAGAGUUAAGUUUUGAUGCGACAUCAUAGCUAUUUGAGAAUGUGUUGAGAAAGUAAGUUGUCUCCGCAAAAGCAAGGCUGCUUUCUAAGUCAGUACUGUAGUGCUUUAAGAAGGGAGUCAAUUUAGCCUGGUCCCAGGUCUUUUUGUGCUCUUGCCAACUCUAUUGCUGUCCUUGUCAAGCCAAACAUUGCAUGACAAUGAGUGAGUGACAAGGGGUUGGAAUGAUGGCACAAACAGACUUGCACUCAAGCUAGAGACAACUAUCUAGCCUACAUUUGAUUUGCCAUGGAGUCUUUGGGUCAUUAUUUUCUCAUUUAUUGCAGUUGUUAUUUUUAAAAUGUUAACAUAUUUAUGCUUUUUUUUGGUUUGUUAAUAACAACUAGACCGGUCCCUGCUACUGGUCCCUGCACUGAACAACAGUAGAGAUUAAAUGAUUUUUUAUUCCAGUGGGGAAAAAACAUUAAAUUCAUAUCUCAGUAUGGCUGCCCCUCUCAAGUCGUGUUCAUUAGGGCACAUCGUAGUGAAAUGAUUUAAACCGCUUUGCAACAGUAAACGAAGAUAGUUCAGCAAGUACAUUUGUUUCUGAACGUGACCCUGAACUUGGAUAGUACUGGGUGAGAUGCAGCUCUGAGUGCGGCCUUUUAGGGGUUUUUUUUCAAGUAACUAUUUAUUUUACCAUGACAGAAUGCAGUGGCUAUCUCUGAUUUCAUGUUUGUCCAACAGAACGCCACACAACUGAAAUAGGUCAUAACCAGUCUACUGUUUGCUGUUUUUUUUAUCGUUUUGAAUAUGAUGGUGCCUAACAUCAAACAUGAUUGUUUUGGAAAUGUAUCUAAUGAUUGCGAUUUUCAUCCAAUAACCUUUUCAUGGAAACCUAACAUCCUCAUAUGGGUGAGUUGUAUUGUGCAAAACACAUUUUUCUUCUUUUUUUUUAAGAUCUGUUUCUCAAUUUGUGCAAUUAAUUAGUAUCCCUCUUUAACAUACCCAUUUGGUUGGGGAGACCUGACCAACAGUAACAGCCACUCAAUCACUCAAACACCAUUUGUCUUCUCUACCUGCUCAAAAAUGGAAAAUGUCUUCUUUCUCCAUAGAAAUAGAAUUCCUCGAAUGGGGAUAUCCAUUCUUGAAUGGGGAUGUAAAUUCUAAGUAAUACUGUUUCUAUGUCUCUCACCCCGGAAAAACAUUUAGCUCUUCUCAUAUUUUUCUACUCAAGAUAGUUUCUUGCUAGGGAAUUUGUGAUUAUUUGUACAUUUGACUUGGUUUUACGUUGACACGUUUCUUACGAGGCACUGUGGUCCCUCGGACAUGAACUUUGGCUUUUGUUGAAUUUCUGGACGCAUCUAAAUGAAACCUUUUCAAAUCAGACUGAGAUUUUGAAGCACGAAAUCCUUAAAUUUUGUAAACAAUGUACAAAACAUUCAAUGUGUAGAAAUCUGUAAAAAAAAAAA